AUGGAACUCAGCAAGCAGGACGAAGGAGCAGUGAUUGCCAUUUCCCAUUGGACAGUACUACGUGCAAUUGGACUAAGUAUUGUCCCCAACGACAACAAUGUCCCAAGAAAAAGCCCAAAUGACGCUAACCCGCCUCAAAAGCAUUGGGGUUGGUGUGGUGCCAAGUCUUCGUCUUCGUCGCCUGUGUCUGGUACUACUCCCAAGUCUACUGAACCCUCGACAACUCCGAAAUCUUCACCACCACCAGGACCCAAAACCAAAACGACCCUCCCAGCACUUUUGCUGGAUAACAUUCUUAAGAAGAGCACGCAUUUUCCACCUAGGUCGCCUGUUCCUAGUUCAAGGAGGGAGAGGGAGGAGAAGGCCCCGGCUUUUUUGUUUGAGUCGUCAAGUGGGAGUGGGAGUGAGACGCUCAUACAGGAGGAAGAGGAGGAGGAUGAAGAGGAUGAGGAGAGCGUGCAAGUCCCAGUUCCUGUGCCGGUGUUUUCGUAUACGUCCUACACCACACAAGCGCCUUCGCCGUCACCCUCCCCUUCGUCUUCGUCUGAUGAGAUAUACCAGGCUUUCGUACUUCAGUGGGGUUUUGCGCAGGGACCUGGACCGGCAAAUUUGAACCAUCCUGUUGGUGGUGUGGGGGAGAAGCUGAAGAAGGGGGGUGUUGUUGGUCGGGAUGAGUAUGUACGAUCCCCCUGCAGUGAAGUACGAGAAGAAGUCAUCCCAGAACUCACAAAGGCGUACCUCGCUCCUUCCCUUCAUCUCAACGAUAUCCAUCCCAACCACCCCGCAAAGAACAACCCACCGCACACGCCCGCAGAUGACCCCCUCAAGCGCCAUAGCGCUCAUAGGCCGCCCCCCGACGCCACUGACCCUUUCGCAUUACGCUAUGCUUUUCCUAUUCCCUGCAGCUACACAACGCACAUCUAUAUUCGUGGAAGCGACAGCCCGCAUAACUUGAUUAUACCUCAAAGUUCUCAUUUCGUCUUUGUUUCAGACGACGAAGCGCUGGCGACCACGGAAGCUCUCAAGGCGAAAAUGGAGGGGAUAAAUUGCGAACGAGAGAUUGAGAUAGAAAGGAUCGUAUCCUGCCUGCCGCUCGAAUUUUGCGGUAGUGAUCCAAAUUUACGCCGCAACAUGGAAGGUGCCUUCGAAGGCUUAAGAAAUGCGCCUGGCAAUACCUUGAAAUGUCGGUUCUCUUCUACUACAGCGUCGCCGACUCAACUCCCCGUGAACUUACCGCCCCCUCAAUUCCGCCUACAAGAAACUUCGUCGAGCUCGUAUUCCCAUUGACCAAACAAGGUCGGCCGGUUUCGUGGGCUGGCCAUCAAAUAAAGGACCAUCGGUGGCCUCAGCGCCCCAACCUUUGCAGUUGCCUAUUCAUCCUCAUCCCUAAGAUCAAUGGUGUUGAUCACGAUUUCUUUUGGAAGACAUACGCGGAUUUUACAUGUCUCACGAAAACAGUCUCCCAACAAUUGUCGUCAUCCUGCGCUCCUCCGACUCCGACCCCCUCCGGCACCCAAACCCUUUUCGUCUCAUUCCACCUCUCUCAUCCCACGCCGUUCGAGCGCCCGAGCUCUUCCAUCCACCCAUUCAACCCUGAUACUCUCCUACUACGAAAGGUCGAUUUUCAGCAACCAACGAACGAAACGCUUCCUCCAUUCUGGCCCUUGACCACCCAGUGCGUGGUUCAUAUAUGAC